UUUGUGCUCUUCUGUGGAAAUUUAGAGGAUGUACUCCAGGACUCAGAGGUCGCAGUGUCCACUCAGAUCACCACCGUUGGAAAGCUUCUGCCAUCAACAUUAACAUCGGACGACGAGCCCUCAACAUCACAGUCGGCAUUAGAAGAACGGCCUGUGUCCCCUGACCUACAUGUACCAGCUACAUCCGGGGACGAAUCAGUGUUGCUGGAGGGCUGGCAGAAGUUCUGGGAUGAGCCACCUCCACAGGUGCAGGGUAUGUACUCCCCCAAUAUCUUGUGGCUCAAGACAGAUGGGCCAUACGGGAUAUUUGAAACCCCCCGGACAUACACAACAGCCAACGGAGAACAAGCCAUGAGAAAGGUCUUCAAAAACAAGAUGGAUUUCAAUCCACCCCCACUUCCGACUAGAGUUCAAGGAUCACUCCCAUCAAUGUUAUCAUUCUUUACGACGCCGGUAUUCUUUUGGAGGCCUGUUGGUGUCCUACAAGUAAAGCUGAAAUGUCCCAAUGCCAAGUGUCCCGCACCACCCGGAAGCUACUUGAGCCGAAGUGGCUAUGGGAACCUCGCCAGGCAGGUGUGCGGCUUAAGGUACACCUACACCUUGCUAACUGAACGUUUGAAGUGUUCUUUCUGCAUGCAAAAGCGUCAGCAAACCACAGAUGAGCAGCAACUACAAUACAGGUGGCAUGCGUACAGUCCAAGCUUACUUGCAAAUCUUGCACCUGCCGUGAGGAGCAUGUUUCCUGCCAUCUUGUGCGGAAAACGUGCUGUAGACAAGAAUGUUGUAACACUCCUCAGUGAUAGGCUGAAUUCUGUUUCCAUGGCUAAAGUCCACAGGAUGAUACAGCAGGGUCACGAUGAGUGGUAUGCAGAGAGGCGGGACUUGUAUCAGACCCUCCUACACCAAGCUCACACCGCAGGCAAUGCUUCAGGUUCCCAGCAAGGCAUUUUGCAGUUCAUCAAGCCACCUGGGAGCUACACUGCCCCCAUUCAACAGACCCCUCUGCCUUCCCCUCGUGUCCUCCGGCGAGCCCACUUGAUAAUGGAGAUGGAGAAAAUGCCAAUGUAUAGAGCAUCUGUCCUGAGUGUCACCGGAGAGAUUCUCUGCAUUGAUGGAACCAAACAGAUCCUCAAGAAAAUCUAUGGAGAUGGCCGAGGCACCAUGCAGUACGUGACCAGUGUUCUCAAUGAGUGGGGCCAGUUUUUGACUGUUGUUGUGGUGGCCUCCGAGUCAGAGGAUUGUUAUCAGCAACUGGCUCGUGGACUUGUUUCCCGCUUCAGGCGCGCCAAUGCACCUGCACCAAAGGUCCUGUAUGCAGACAACAACUGUUGUAGGGAGGGUGGAACUUCAUGGCUGGAGUCACUGUUUGAGGCUUGGGUUGACAAAGGAUUGGUCAUACGCCUUGAUAUUCGUCACUGGCUGCAUCGAUGGGAUGCUGUUGUCAUCAAACAGUCUCAUGCCAAGUAUGGCACAUUCAUGAGUGCUCUUGCUGGUGCCAUUCUUGCAUACAACAAAGAUGACAUGCUGCUGCUCAUCGAAGCGGUGAGGAAAGGGAAUGAGGAGCUGUACUCCCAAUACACUGAUGAGCAGAUGGUCUCUUUCGUGAAGCCAUACCAACUGAAGUCGUACGUCCGCCGUGUAACACGAGGUAUUGAGGUUAGCUGCUUUCACUCUGUUAUGUUUAUGUUUAGCAUUCAACAGAAUGAUGGUUGUUGUCAAGUAGUCCUUGUGAGAAAUAUUGCCUCUGUUGGCUGUUACAAACUAAAAGGACUGGAAUGCAAUUGUUAGUAAAUAAAUCUAUUCAAAAAUGGCAAUCGUGAUAUCAAUCAUGAUAUCAGAUGUUCAGGAAAUCAAAUUUAUAAAGAUAUCUGAGCUACUUGUAAUUUUCUUUGCAAAUUUCUUACU